AUGCCUAGAGACCCUUUGAUUGGUAUAGUCGGGAAACCAUCAAGUGGUAAAUCCACAACUCUAAACAGUUUAACAGAUGCUGCAGUGAAAACCGGUGCAUUCCCAUUCACAACCAUCGAUCCAAACAAAGCCACAGGGUACCUAAAAGUCGACUGUGCAUGCUCCAGAUUCGGUAAGGAAGCACUAUGUAAGCCAAACUAUGGAUGGUGUUCCAACGGUAGUAGACAUAUCCCAAUCCUGUUGUUGGAUGUUGCAGGAUUAGUUCCUGGUGCACAUAUGGGUCGUGGGAUUGGUAAUAAGUUCCUGGAUGAUUUACGUCAAGCAGAUGCCUUGAUCCAUGUUGUUGAUGUGAGUGGGUCGACUGAUGCGGAAGGGAAGGCCACGCUGGGGUAUGAUCCAUUAGCUGAUGUUGAGUGGUUACAAGAUGAGAUUCGUCUUUGGAUUGAAGGUAAUUUGGAGAAGAGAUGGGGAAGUAUUGUGAGAAGACAUACUGCGACAAAGUCGAGUGUUGUUGAUACCUUGUUGACUCAGUUUGCAGGUUAUAGUGCCAAUGGACAAAUGAUUGCAAGGGCAAUGGAUCGUGUUCCAGAUGUUGGGAAGUUAGAAGAUUGGAAUAAAGAAGAUAUAACAAGAGUGGUUAAGGCUUUCAUGGAUGAGAAAUUCCCAACUGUGUUGUCAUUAAAUAAGAUUGAUCAUCCGGAUAGUGAUAAAAAUGUUUCCAAGAUUUUGUUAAAAUAUCCAAAUACAAAAGCUGUCCUAACUAGUGCUAUAACUGAAGUUUUCCUCAGAAAAUUGUCAAAGCAAGGUUUUAUCAAGUAUGAAGAAGGUACUGAAUUCAUAGAUACAAGAGAAGAUUUACCAGAUGAUGAAUCUUUAAAACCAAUGGAUGAAAAACUAUUAAACAGAGUGGAAAAUAUAAGAGAUUUAGUUCUUUAUAGAUUUGGAUCAACUGGUGUGGUGCAAGUUUUACAAGCAGCUACCGAAGUUUUAGGCCUAGUUCCUAUAUACACUGUGCGUAAUAUCUCAAAUUUCACAGGUUCAAAUGGUACAAAUGUUUUCAGAGAUUGUACUUUAAUUAGAAAAGGUACACCUGUUAGUAAAGUGGCAAGACAUAUAAUGGGGGAAGUUACCAUUGCAGCCAUUGAAGGUGUUGGAGGUGUUAGAGUGAGUGAAGAUGAUACGAUAGAUGUUGGUAAGAAUGAUAUUUUAUCAUUCAGAGUUGUGCCUGGUGGUGGAGGUAAUUAG